AUGGACCUAAGUAACUCUCAGGAACAGCCCAUGGCUGCAGAAGGACAGGAGGUUUUGACAGACUGUAAUCUGAACAAAUCCCAGGAAAUGGAAAGUAUGGAUAAUGCGGAAGAUAUGAAGGAACACAGUCACUCUACUGAAGAAGCAGGAGAUGAUGUGGUUAAAGUGAAAGGUGAAUACAGUGAAAGAGAGGAGAGUGCUUUAAAUUCAGAGCCUAUGGAAAACCCAGAAGAAUCUGAAAUGCCUUACACCUAUCCCAGACAAUAUAAUGACUAUGAAAGCAUUAAACUGGAAAGACAUUCUGGUUCAUAUGACAACGUCAGGCCAGCUAGUGGAAAAAUGAAUUGCGAUAUCUGUGGAUUAGCCUGCAUUAGCCUCAAUGUCUUGAUGGUUCAUAAGCGUAGCCACACUGGUGAACGGCCAUUCCAGUGUAAUCAGUGCGGAGCUUCCUUUACUCAGAAGGGUAACCUCCUCCGCCACAUUAAACUACAUACAGGGGAAAAACCUUUUAAAUGUCAUCUUUGCAGUUAUGCCUGCCAAAGGAGGGAUGCGCUAACAGGUCACUUAAGGACACAUUCUGUGGAGAAGCCAUACAAAUGUGAGUUUUGUGGAAGGAGCUACAAGCAAAGGAGCUCAUUAGAGGAGCACAAGGAGCGGUGCCGUACUUACUUGCAGAAUGCUGGCAUGUGCGAGGCUGCGAGCGUGGAGGCAAGGCACAUCAAGGCAGAGAUGGGGAGUGAAAGAGCACUUGUGCUGGACAGGCUAGCAAGCAACGUGGCAAAGCGAAAAAGCUCAAUGCCUCAGAAAUUUAUUG